AUGUUCGUGACGACGGCCGACCCGAAGCUGGAGCCGCCGGUGGUGACGGUGAACACGGUGCUGUCGCUGCUGGCGCUGGACUACCCCGCAGGGAAGCUGUCGUGCUACGUCUCCGACGACGGGUGCUCGGCGGUGACCUGCUACGCGCUGCGCGAGGCCGCCGAGUUCGCCAAGCUCUGGGUGCCCUUCUGCAAGAAGCACGGCGUCAAGGUCAGGGCCCCCUUCGUGUACUUCUCGGGCUUGGCGGUGGGGCUUGGCGGUGGACAUGUUCGUGACGACGACGACGCCGAGUUCCUCCGCGCUUGGACACUCGUGAAGAACGAGUACGAGGAGUUGGUCCGCUGGAUCGAGAACGCCGAAGAGGAAUCCCUAGUCCGGCGCGGCGACGGCGAGUUCGCCGAGUUCGUGGGUGCUGACCGAAGGAGCCACCCGACUAUAAUCAAGGCAUAUCUUUGGCCCUAG